AUGGAAGGAACACAAUACUAUUCACACAGAAAUUACGGUAUAAGUCGCAACCCUCUGUGUUUGUGUGGUGGGAUGGGGUCCCCUGAGUUCGGCCUUGGAAGGCAAGGGUAUGUGGUCGGGGGGGGAGAAAAGUUUUGCUUUCCGACAGUUCUUUGCAAGGAGGUUGUAAGGCUCUUGGUAUAAAUGUUAUGUCCUAGGCAUACGAUAUGGUGGUUGCUUUUCUUCUGUGGGCAAGCUUCAUGGUGGUUGGCUAGUGUUGGUGUGGUCUCUUGUAGUUAGUGUUAUGAGUGUUACUAGUGGUGAGGUAUUCAUGUUACACUCAAUUCGGGUGUUUCAGCUCUCAACUUUCCCAUACCUCGUGUCUCCAACUUUUGUUGGGCGGUACUUGGGAUAUGUUUGAUUCGUAUUUCCCAAUUUGGGAGAGGUGUCUAAUCAAUUCUUGCAUUGGUGCAUUGGUGGGUGAUAGCCAAUUUUUUGCAAUAAAGUUUUGGGCCACUACGAGUACGUGGAGUAUUUGAUCGGCUUGGGGUAGUCGGCUUCUAACAUGAGUAGGAGCAGAGAAGUUGGGGAGUUCAGUAUCAUGACUGAAGUGUAUUGGUGUAUUAAUAAGAUAACCGCUUUCCAGUAUGGCUGGAGUUUCUAGCAUUUCCACCAGGUGUGUAGGAACGUGCCUGUCUCCUUUUUGCAGCGCCAGCAAAUGCUGGACAGCUUCGGGUCCAUGGUGGCUAGGCGUGUUGGGACCAUGUACCAGCGGUAGAAGAGUUUGCGAGUAAUCUCUAAGUGGGAAGCGCAAAAUGUCAGGCCUCUGGUUACAUUUACUGAGGUUAGCCAGGUUUGUUCUGACAGUGUUUGAUCUAGGUCUUUUUCCCAGGAACGUACACAAGUAAGGGAUUUAAUACCUUUUCGGGGCAUUAAUAACAUGUAUAUGGUGGAGAUGGGCUUUUUCGCUGGUGUAUCUGUCAUUAUACUUUUUUCAAAGGGCGUUAGGACAGUAGUGGUGGGUGUUGUGGGAUGUGGUACAUGGGUUUUCCACCAUGAAGUCAGCUGGAGGUAUGAUUGGUAUGUGGUGUUUGGCAAUAUGUAGCUAAUUUUCAAUUGGUCAAAUGUGGCUAGUUUGCCUUUAUCCAAUAAGGAAUGUAUUUGGAGCACCCCGAAUCUAUUCCAUACUCUGUAAUUAAAGUCAGGUAUCAUUUGCGCCAGAGCUUUAAUGGGGGUUGAGAAGGGGAUCGGGUAGCAGCUGCGCAGGAGUUUGCGGGUGGCAUCCCAGAUUUUUAGUGUCGUUAAGGUGGCAGGAAGUGUGUUUGCGGUGUUUCCCCUUUGGUGGGGUAGCAACCAUAUUUUUGUUUUGAUGUCUUGGGUUUGCAACCAGUGUUGUUCUAUGAAGACCCACUGGGGAGGGGACGUAUUUUGGUUAAUAGGGAAGAGACUCGCUAAGACCGCUGCUUUGUAGUAAAGCUGCACGUUAGGGAGGCUCAUACCGCCCAUCCGCACUGGUCGGUACAGUGUGGAUAGGGCAACUCUCGGUCGUUUUCCAUGCCAUAUGAAUAAAUUAAUCUGCCUUUGGAGGGACAGAAAGUAAGGAGGCGGCACUGUCAAGGUGAGUGUCCUGAAUAGAUAUUGUAAUUUGGGUAAUAUCACCAUCUUUACUGCUGCUAUUCGGCCAGACCAGGAGAUAAAUGUAUUUCUCCAGUUUAGGAGGGUGUUGGUAAUAUCUUUGCUAAGUUUGACAUAGUUUAAGUGGUACAAGUUAGACAUAGUGUGUGGGAGUUUGAUCCCCAGGAACGUGAGGUGGUCCGUUCUCCAGUCAUAAGAAAACUGGCUUCGCAGGUUGGAUAGAUAGUCAUCCUCCAUCCCCACCCCCAUGGCCUGUGUUUUUAGAUAGAUUUAGCUUAUAGUACGAACAGUGGCUGUAUUGCUGCAGUAUGUCGUGGAAUGCUGGUAAGGAUUUGUGUGGGUCGGUUAUGGUUAGAAGGACGUCAUCAGCAAAAAGGUUAAAUUUAUAUUCUACACCCCCAACUUUGACUCCCGUGAUCUGUCGAUAAGCGGAUGGACUCAGCUAAGGGUUCUAAGGCCAUAAUGUAUAAGAGGGUAUUGGUGAUAGGGAAGGACAUUGAUUGGAAUCUGGACAUGAAGACCCGGGCCUCGGGGUUACUAUAUAAUGAUUUGAUCAUGGAGAUAAAAUGUGAAGGAAAGCCAAAUUUAAUCAGGACCGCCUGCAAGAACGUCCAGUGCAGGCGGUCAAAAGCUUUUUCAGCAUCUAAGGAUAGUAGGAGACUGUUGGGGAAGUGUCUAUGCAUGGUGUGUAGUAAUGCAAGGGCUUUUCGUGUGCCGUCCGCUCCCUGCCUGCCACGCACAAAGCCGACUUGAUUGGAGUGUACAAUAGUCGGCAGGAUUGUAGUCAGUCUGUUGGCAUAGACUUUAGCCAGGAUCUUCACGUCCAAAUUUAGCAGGGAGAUCGGUCUAAAAUUUGCGCAAUGGAUUGGCGGUUUUCCGGGUUUAGGUAAAGUGGCCACGUUGGCCAUGAGCAUGUCCUGCAGUAUGUUUUCUUGUGCCGGGGAGUGAGGAUGGAGGAGAAUCUCUUAUAGUAUAGGUUUGGCAGUCCAUCUGGGCCUGGAGUUUUGUUUAAUGGCAGGUUCUGUAUAACUGUUUGUUUGUGAAAUGGGUCCUGCUAGGGACUCCUGUUGCGAAACCGAGAGCGUAGGUAGAUGAACUUAGUUCAGGAAAUUGGCUAUUUCCUCUUCAGUGGGCUGGUGUACCAUAGGGUCGUCUUUUAAAUUAUAGAGUUUGCUGUAGAAAUCAGCGAAAAGAUCACUGAUCUGCUGGGGUUUAAUUACCUUUUUCCCAUCUUGUGUGUUAAGAUAUGCUAUUUUGGUUUGUGCCUGCGCAUCCCUGAGUCGGUUGGCCAGAAGUGAACUGUCUUUGUUACCCAUACAGUACUCCCUACUUUUCAGUUUUUGGAUUGUGCGGGUUGUAUUGGCUAUGUUUAUGUAAUUGAGUUCUGAUUGGGUUUGAGUAAUUAUUGCAGCGUCUUCUGGGUUUGGGUUGAGUAAAUGGGAGGCUGAUGCAUCUCUCAAUUUCCGCAAUGAGUUCAGGUACUUUGUCUGGGAGGUCUUUUUUUAGGAAAGAGGACCAUCGUAUAAACAACCCGCGCACUACGGCCUUAUGGGCUCUCCAUACCAAUGUCGGGGACGUCUCUGGCGUUUCAUUGGCAGAGAAGUAAUGCUUGAGUUCAGUUUCUAUUUCUGAGCUAAGUUUGUUGUCCUGUAGAAUGGAGCCAUUAAGUCUCCAAGGGUUGCAGUCCCUAAAGGCGAAUUCGUCUCUGAACAUAGCAAGCACUGGUGCGUGGUCUGACCAGAUGAUGUCGCCCAUGUGACAUGUUUGAAGCAGAUUAAGAGAAGGUCCCGGUAUGAGUAUUACAUCUAUUCUGGAGUAUGUCUUGUGAGGUUUAGAAUAAUGAGUAGUCCCUUAUAUGCCUCCAUCCACUCAGAUCUGCUGUCAGCAGAGCACAGGGCAGCACUAUGCACAGCAUCCUGUAUAGGCAAGAGGGAUUAGGAUGUCUGUAAGAGACUCAAAGAAAACCUAAAAAAGAUCAGGCUGAUUAAACUGACAAUUUGUUGAGUAAAGAUACCACUGGGUUAUAAAAUAAAUGUAGAAAGAGUAAAUAGUUUACUACUAUGCUUAUAAGUCCCAUCAUGGCGGGCCACGCUAGAGAGUGCUACCUGUUGUCCGGUCUGAUGCCUCCUUUCCCCUGAACAUCUCUGUGCAGGUCUCGCUGAAUUCCCUGCUGCUUGAUAUGUUGUAGGCUGCACUGUCGCAAAUCCUCUCGCCUUUGCUCCAAGCGUGAAAGGGGGUUGUCACCUUAUGUCCAAAGGUUCUCCAUUUUUCCAUCGAAAGAACCUUGGGCCCUCAGCCUCCUAGGAACCCGAUGUAUGGACAGCACGGCGGUGAUUCCACGUGGGCCUCCUGCUCAGCAGAGGGGUGAGUAUGGGUGACGGUAACAGGGAUCCUCCAUUUGAUAGUAGCAGCAGGUAUUGUGAGUCGGCAAUAAAUACGGUGCCAUAAUUUCUCGCAGAUUGCCUUGAAUCUAGCAUUGAAGUGAUCCAUCCAUGUCUGGCCCUCUCCACAUUGCUGGAUAUCGAUGCGGUGGCCUCGUGGACAAGCCAUGAGGUAUUUGGGGGAAAGGUUGCAUAACAUUGGUGAAAGGUUGCAUAACAUUUUUAGGUUUUCUCCCUCACAGCAGCAGUCUCCUCGGGGAAGCUCCACCGCUUUGGAUAGGAUCAUCAAAAUCAAUUAAUUCAGCCAAUGCAAAGGUUUCCCAUAGGUAAUCAUUAGAAGUUUAGUGUGCAUGUGCAGUUAAACGCUGCACUACACCAACCAGAUACUCUCCACUAGUGGCGGGUUAAUCCAGCAAUGAAAACAUUGCCUUUCCUGCAGAACAGCUAUGUUUUAAGUUGCCACGUUAAAAUGGAUGAGUGGGGGGCGCAUGGCACCGAGACAUUGACAUGAAGUAAUCUGGUCAGUGGUGUAUUUAGGAUUUGUGCUCCCUUAUGCAGGACGGUGCUCGGGACCCCCUCCUCCCCCCAAAUUUAAAUUUUCCCCACCCCUUCCAAUCACGACCGCACUUUGACUGACGGCCGCACACACACACACACACACACACCGAGGCAAGCAAGGGAUCUGCUGGGCGUGCCUGGGCGUGCCUGGGCGUGUGGGGGUGUUUUUUUUUGCAGCCCCCUGCAAAGUGCCGCCCAAGGCAAAUGCAUUGUUUACCUCGUGUAAGAUACAUCCCUGCCUAUACUCUCAUUAAUGGUGAAACAACCUUUAUACUGAUACAUUAACAAGUCACGCAGCUAAGUUGUUGAAUUUUUUUUUUUUUAUUUAUUUUUUUUUUACACUUUAGAGCCAGCUAGGGAUUCUCUUAAUUCCAGUGAGUAUUUUGGAGCUUGUUCUGUACCUGCCUUUAUCUGUGUGUGUGUGUGUGUGUGUCUAAAUACAUAUAUAUUAAGCCUUUCUACAUUGCUGUUUGGCACCUAUAGAUGUUUAUACUCGGAAAAAGAUAGAUAUAUUUUUCUUUUUUCUUUUUUUCUUUUCUUUAGAAGGUGAGUGAUUUAUUUUAUUAUUUACAAAUAAAAAGCAAAUAUAAAAUAUAUGUAUGGUUAUUUCGGCCUAAGCUUUGCAGUUUGGUUUUAAAUUCUGAUUUUAUAUGUGCACACACUGAAACAGUAAUUUUUUUUUAAAUUUAAUAAAAAAUUGUUUGUUUUUUUUCAUUUUGCCCAGGCCACUGCUACUCCACUAAGACAUCCCCAUUAAAAAAUAUCAAUGCAACUUAACCAAGUGUGAGAGAUCUGUCAUUAUGGAUGGCUUUAUUACUGUCACAAGAAGCAGUGUCUGUCUCCAGACUCGGGCCUCUUUCUGAAUGCUGUCUGGUUAGCGUCAGUUUGGGUCAGUUGAAAGAUUUUUGGGACACUAUUUAUAAAGAUAAAUUCUGGUACAACCUCAGCAAUCGCUAUAGAAACCAAUUAAGUGUUGCAAUGUUUCUACUUAUUAUUCCUCAAUUAGAUAAUUUCCCCAGAUUUAUGGUUUAUAAAGAACUUCCAUUGUGCAAGAUGUUUUUACAAUUAGAUUUGCCAUUUGCUUCUCUAACAUCAUUCACACUACCAGGAAUAUUCCCGAAGAUCCAUAUAUUCACAAUUGUUUUAUAGAAUAUUCCAUUAGAAUUCAUUAACAUUUGCAGCAAUUAAUGCUCAAAGUUUAGGAAGUAACUCACUACAUGUAUCAACAUUGGAACGGACGACUGCAAUCUUAAAUGAACCUUAUAAUGGAAAAAAUUAAAAAUAUAAAAAAAGGGGGGCAUUGAUUAACAAACUCCUAAUACCAUCCUUUCACAUUGGCGCACAGCACACCCUCUCCUGCUGCAAUGGUCAGAUUCUCAGGGUCUUUUGGUGAUUAAAUAGAUUCUUAGAGUUACAGUCUAGAGCUGAAUUUUUCUUUAUUGCUCAGUAUUUUACCGCUAUGGUGUGUGUUGAGCAGUGUAUUUUUAUGGAGGUCCAAAUUGUGUGCGCUGUGUGUCAUGGUUUUGUAUCAUAUUGGUACAGUUUUUGUGUGGUGUGCAGUCACGUCCAGCUGAAGACAUUGUGCUGCCUGGGUCCAAGGAUGAAAUGCCGCCCAUAACCCAACAAAACCACACGCACCAAAACACACCCACAUCCACUAUGUUGUGCAGUGUCUGUGUAGUGGAUGCAGAGUGUGUAUUUGCAUAGUGCAUGCAGUGUGUGUGUGUGGUGGAUGCACAGUGCGUGUUUUCCUUUUUCUGUUUCUUACACCUCCACUUUGUGUCUCUUACUCCCAACAUGGUGGAGCUGCAGACAGAGGAAGAGAAACUUGUUUGGUUUGGUGCUCUCUGUUUGUGCUUUCUCCCAGAUCGGUGUAGAGGGAAAUCAGUUUCUCUAUCCAGCAGGAGACCGGCAGGAGGGGAGCUCUGUGUAUUAUGAGGGUCGUUGGUUAGAUCUCUACUUUACCAGCCCACAGGUCCAUAAUAUCAGCAGAAGGGGAGAGAGAGGAGGACUGGAGAGCUCUAGACUGCAUCUCUGCCGGGCCCUGUAGUCCAGCAUAGCGUUGCUGUGGUUACAAUGGCAACUUUCUGUCCAAAUCUCACACUAGUUAAUUCCAGCCCUAGAAGGUGCCCAGCAAAGCUUGCCAUUAGAUUUGCUUGUGAUGCGCAGAAGAUGCAAGAGCUCUUCACUAGGGCUCUGCACAUGGGCUGCCCUGGACAAGCAUUGAACCAGUAUGCUCACUUUGAGAGGGGGCGUGAUUGUCAUUGGUGAUGACAAACACCCCCCUUUCAUUGGGCCGCUGCGAUAAAAAAAAAAUGUCCAGGCUUAAAAAAUGUUCUCAGUCCGGCCCUGGUGUGCAGUGUAUUUUAUUGGUACACUGUGUGUUUGUUGUACCUGUUUGAUGUGCAGUGUUUUGGUGUCCUGUGUGCUAUAUUGGUGCUUCCUUUGUGUGUUGUAUGUGCUGGAUGUGGUGGAUGUCAUGUGGUGCUUAACACCUGGCAAUUAUAUUUAUUUUAAAUCUAGUUUUCUACAAAGUUUGUGUUGGCUAUCCCAGAAUUGUACACAAAAGAUCUGAUAUAUUUAACCCUAUAGCAUUAUGGUUAAUGGCAAACUCUCCUUCCAUUACUAGACUGGAGUUUAUUCACUAUAUGCCAAACUGUAGGAAAUUGAAGACCAGACUGCAAACUAAAGGCUAAGAUAACUGAUUUGGGAAAAUUAUCCAAGUGAGCUAUAGUUACAGCUUUGAUGUUUUUAGGUUCAAUGUUGGCAUCUAGUUUCAAUGUAAAAAAAAAUUUCAAACAGACUGUCUAUCUUUAUUUUAUGUGUGUGUGUGUAUAUAAUAUUAUGUUCUGUAAUGCUUGCAGUAACUUCUUACUCAUGUCCCGCUUGAACCUGACUAAUCCGAUUGAAUUUAUCCUCCUCCGUAUAUCAGAAUCUCCAUCCCUAUGCAUUCCACUUUUCCUUCUCUUUCUAAUAAUUUAUCUGAUCACAUUCUUGGGGAACUUCAUGAUGUUAAGUAUAAUUGUGGUUGAUCCACGACUUCAUUCCCCGAUGUAUCUUCUCCUCUGGUGUUUCUCCAUCAUGGAUUUCUCUUUCUCUUCCACCACUGUUCCAGGAAUGUUGUCCACUCUGUUAUCCGAGGGUACCAGCAUCUCAUUUUCCAGAUGCAUUACUCAAGUAUUCUUCUUCCAUGCCUUUGGGAACAGUGAGAAUUUGUUGCUUUCUGCCAUGGCUUAUGACCGAUAUGUUGCUAUAUGCCAUCCUCUCAGGUAUUCGAUACUUAUGAGUCAUGGUACAUGCUUGGCACUUUGCAGUGGGUGUUGCAUAUGUGCUUCACUACAUGCCAUUCUCCAUGCUUGUGUGACCUCUCGUCUUGAUUUCCAUCAGAUCUCCCUUCUCCCUCACUUCUUCUGUGACAUUCCACCACUUCUGGAUAUCUCAACCUCUGAUACAACAUUUAAUCAGCAUCUCAUCUUCACAGAGGGCUCAGCAGUUGCUCUUGUACCCUUAAUACUUAUUAUCCUAUCAUAUGUUCGCAUUACUUUAUCUAUUCUUAGAAUCCCCUCAUCUAGUGGAAGGAAAAAGACCUUUUCCACUUGUGCAUCCCACCUCACCGUCUUUGCCCUCUUCUCGGCCUCAGCCGUUUUCAUGUAUUUCAGACCUUCUACUGGAAACUCACCACACAACAGAAGACCUAUCACUCUCAUGUAUACAACUAUAACCCCCAUGUUCAACCCGUAUAUAUACUGUCUAAGGAACAGUGAGGUGAAAACUGCUCUCAAGAAAAAGUUGUGCGGUAAGAAGGAUAAAAGCCAAAGAUGAAAGGGAUAACAUAAGGGCAAGCUAUUUAGCACUUGUCACAAUAAACAUUGUCUUAUACAUCCAGACAAACAGAACAAGUGGCCCAGAAUGCAAAUGCUGCAAACUAUGCAUUUUGUAUUUUAUUUCUUUACUUAAUUUGGUGGACUAUAAACAUUGGCAAAAAAAAUAGAUAAUCUUGCAAAAUCCUCAUCCAUUUCGCUGUAUUUUUCACUGCUUCUCAUUGUUGUGUGAAAGGUAUUUAACAGGUUAAUGUCCCCUUUUUAAUUCGUUUUCAGACGAGGAAGAAGAAUCAAUAAAGCAUUAAAUAUAAAUAAAAUUAGAUUUAAAAAAAAUUUUUAACGUUCGCUAUAAUGGAAAAUACAGAACGAAAAAAAUAAAAUCUAUAUGUACUAUAUUUAUUUACCAUGAAGGAGUCACUUGGUGAGCUUCGUAAAGCUAAACCAUUGAUCUGAUGUACCAGAGUUUGGAAUAAAUAUGUUAUGAAGUUUUUAUUUAUGAAGCCCAUUAACGUGUGUGUGUGUGUGUGUGUGUGUGUGUGUGUGUGUGUGUGUGUGUAUUUGUAUAUUCAAAAAUAUAUUUUGUUUUAUGAUUUAUUUAUUUUUGCAAAAAGUUUUUUUGUCAAUUAUACAAAAAAAGAGAGAAACUAUACCUGGAUCAUUUUAGUAUUUUUGUCGGUAAAACUAUUUAGUCUACAUAUAUAACUAUAGCCCAUGUUUGUUUUGUAAAGCCAUAAAUAAAUAUAGACAAUGCAGUAUAUCACAUGUCCCAUAACUAUGGAUACAUAAAACAUACAGUAACAUCUAAAGGGGGACCUUUGGCAGAAAUUCAUUUUUCAGGGUAGCAUUACAGCCACUGUAGCCAUAUAGAGCGUGAAGGUGGUGUGUUCUCUCUGACUUAUUGUGCAGGGGUUUUUUUGGGGGGGAGGGGAGGUUAGAGGGGGGGGUUAUAUACUUGAGAAUAGAAAUUCUUCAUGAUUCGAUGUUUUUUUAUUUAUUGCUCUUCAUAAUUACGAGAUUCCUACCAAGAAGACAAAGUGUUCUCGUAUAUUUAUUUAUUUUAAGAUGAAUACAAUUUGGACCCAAGCAGCGCGCAUUCACCAUAUUCCAAUAAAUAUUUUUUUCAGGAUUUUAUUAAAGCCUUGUUCCUCCAUAUAUGGUUAUUAAUAAAGUGGUGUUUCUUUGGAUUUCACCCAAUAUUGGUCAUCCAUUAAAGGGUCACUGUGUAGAUGGGUUGCCUAGAGUCCUCCGGUGCUGUCCCUCCAUUUAAUAUCCUAUUGUGUUGUUAAUGCAAAAUUGACAUUUCUUGAUUCAUUUCAGUUUCGCCCUACCUGAACAAUAUUGAUUGGCUGAGAGUGAUGGAGUAGGUUAGCUCAACACUCACAGCCAAAUAGUGUCGUGCAGGUUGGAUGAAAUUGACAUUAAUAAUAUGGAAGGGCUCAUAUUGCAUUAUCAGUGCAUUUAUAACGGGGCAAGCCCUGGACACUUGGAAGACGCUCUGUUUAUACCAGCCUACGGAUCAAUAUUAAACGGGGUGUGGCACAAUCUAAGCAAUGUAACCAGUACAGCAAAUAACUGAACUCUAGACUGUAAGCUUGUUUGAGCAGGGCCCUCUAUUGUUCCUGUGUCCCUGUGUAAUUGUAACAUUUAUUGUAAUUUACCCCCUUUUAUAAUAUUAUAAAGCGCUGCAGAAUUAGUUUGCGCUAUAUAAAUACCAAUAAUAGUAUGUUCCUUUCUCAAAUAAAACGGGUUUUUACCAUAUUGUGGAUGUUCUCUAAAAAUUUUUUGUUGUUGUUGUUUCUCUCUCUAUAAUCAACAUAAACUUAAUCCAGCGUCAUCUGAUUUUCUCUAGUUAUCCAUAAGACUAUGUGCCAAUAUAUAUAUGUUUAUCUCUUUAAUUUGCAAUUAACAAAACCUUAACUAAAAAUAACAAAACCUUGUUUUUCUAUAAUCUGGUUUUCCAUCCGUUACUGGAUAUCAAUGAAGACCAGUUCCUUAAUAGCUUUUGUUUUUAUUUUAACCUAUGUUACUUAAAGGACCACAAUAGUUCCAGGAAAACAAACUCGUUUUCCUGGCACUAUAGGGUUAUUAGGUCCCCCCCACCCUCAGGGCCCCCCUCCCGCUGGGCUGAAUGGGUUAAAAUCCCUUCAGCCUCUUACCUUUCUCCAUCGCUGGGCUCCCUCGGCACUGGUGACCUCUCCUCCCACUGCCGACGUCAAAUCUGAAUGCGCAUGCAUGGCAAGAGCCCAUGCGCGCAUUCAAACCGCCCAUAGGAAAGCAUUACUCACUGCUUUCCUAUGAACGUCCAGCAUCUUCUCACUGUGAUUUUUCACAGUGAGAAUAGCGGAAGCGCCUCUAGCGGCUGUCAGUGAGACAGCCACUAGAGGCUGGAUUAACCCUCAGUGAAACAUAGCAGUUUAUCUGAAAACGCUAUGUUUUCUGCUGCAAGGUUAAAACUAGAGGGACCUGGCAUCCAGACCACUUAAUUGAGGUGAAGAGGUCUGGGUGCCUAUAGUGGUCCUUUUAAAGCGUUACUCCAACUACUAUAACCACUUCAGUGAUGUGCAAUGUUUCUGCUUGAAACACAGUAUAUAUUUAUAGUUUUGUGCAGUCAUUGCACCCCCAGCACACGUACUUUAGGCAGCCUCUAUUGUCAAUAGUGUGCAGAAAAAAGUCAGCCAUCAGGGUUCACUGCAAGCUGCCAAAAGGCUUAAAAAGGACGCCUGCAAGGGGAAAAUAGUUUUCAUCUCCUUCCCACCUCCCCUUGAUGGCUCAAAAAGAGUGCAUGCACUCAGAGGCUGUGAAACGGUUUAAUUAUAGGCUUCACUAUGAGAACCAUGUGAUUGGACUGCACGAGUGCCAGGUGACGUCAGGAGUGGAGAUCCGGUCCAGGUGCAGGAUUAAGGUACGUUUUAGGAUCAUUUUUUUUUUUUUUUUUACAGGGUUUUUGCCGCUGGCCCUGACUGUGAACCUAAUAGUAAUGCCCUAUAGGACAUUGUAAAGGUAAAAAUUAUAGUGUUGGAAAAACCCUUUAAAGAGGAAAUAGAAUGAGCACUUACCAAUGUAAAAUGUAAUAAAGAUAUUGUUAAAAGUAUAUGAACUGCAGUCUGAGCACUCUUUAUCAAUUCGAGAGUUGUUGAAUGAAGCAGUCAAUAGCAAAAAAUAUAGAACAGAAAACCGCAGGCUCAUCUUGCACUGUGUGAGACAGCUGAACAUUUUUAAAAGCAUCUCAUUGUAAAAUAUUUAAUAUUUAUAUUGUAAUAAUGUUGUGUUGUCCAUCUUAUAUCUGCAUCUUACAUUCUAUAAUAAAAAACAAAAUAAAACAAUCACAACUUAUAUCCCUAAAAAAAAGUACACCCCUCCUUAUAAGCUGCACAGCUAUUGUUAAUUAAUUAAGGAUUUGGGAUGCUAUUAAAAAUGAAAUAGGGCUGACUUCUAAAUUAAACCCACUUACUACGCUUCUUGGUUUUACUAGUUCAACAAUUGUGCAACAACAAGGAUCCCUUAGAUCAAGCAUGUCAAACCUGCGGCCCACCUGCCCUGGGGCCACUUUGUGUUGUCGGUUGUGACCAGCCGUAAGACAGUAAAGAUAUUUUCUGUCUGAUUCUUGUCUUGUGCAAAUAAAACAAAAUAUUUGUGAUCACAAACCAAAGUGCAAUUAGUGCAAGUGAAGUGGUAGCAGACAGAAACUCCCCUGUAUAAGGUGAAGCUUCCAAGGGUACCCCGAAGACUUCCUCCUGUCUUCCACAAAAUGUAUAUACAAAAAAUUGGGGAGUAUCUGCUAACCAUGUCUUGGCUGGAGCACAUAUACUCAAAAAAGAGGUAAAAUCUUAGUGCAAAAUAAAGUAGGUAAUAAAUGAUUUAUUAACUUGCAUAUGGGUUAAAAAUAGUGGAUGUAGUAGGUCAGAAUCACCACUAGGCGUCCUACGCGUUUCGUCCGUGUAAAGGACUGCCUCAUGGACUUUAACAGCAUUUAACCGCACUCCAAAAUAAGUAAUAAUCCCCCCUCCCCUCCAUAGUCCUUUUAUAUCCCCUCAAAUGUCCAUAAAGGUGCAAUAUUCUAUUUCAGCUGCUUCUCUGGUUUCGUUUGAGUAUGGUGGCAUCAUCGCGUAUAACGUCCGCAUUCCACUUUGCGUUCCACGGCCGAAACCUGGAAGUGUCCCCUGUUCAUAUUACCUGAUAAACAUUCUUAUGCUUCAUAGCAAGCUUAUAUUCUUGUCUUUCCUUCAAUGGCCGACCGCGUGCUCCCGCAGGUCAGUCACUCCCCCUUCCCUUAUGCUUGCAGUGUCAGAGGAGUGUCUGGCCUGCUUGAGAAGAGCAGGGCUGGAACUGGAGGACGGGCAGCUCAUCUUAAGGUAGGUAAAGAGGGGCUUGCGGGACCUUCCUUCUUAGUGUGUUAAAUUGUGGAGAGGGAGCAGUGUAUUCAUUUUAGGGAGGGAGGGUCCAGUGUAUUAAAUUGGGGAGGGAGGGAGCAGUGUAUUAAUUUGAGGGAGGAAUGGGGGCAGUGCAUUAGAGUGGUGGAAGGGGGAGGCAGUGUGUUAAAUUGGGGGGAGGACAGUGUAUUAAUUUUAGGGAGAGGGAGGGGGCAGUGUAUUAAUUUGAUGGAAGAAUGGGGGCAGUGUAUUAGAGUGGUGGGAGGUGGGGUAGUGUGUUAAUUUGGGGGAGGGAGAGGGGCAGUGUAUUGGGGGAGGGAAGUAUAUUAAACUAGUGUGGUGGGAGGAGGGGCAGUGUAUUCAAUUGGAAUGGAGGGAGGAGCGGCAGUGUAUUAGAUUAAGAGGCAUUAUAUUGGAUUACGUGGAGAUGGCAGUGUAUUAAAGUGGAGGGAGGAGGGCAGUGAAUUGGAUUUGGGGGCAAUGUAUUCGAUUUGUCGCAGUGUAUUAGAAUAGGGGGGAGGGGCAGUGAGUUAGAUUGGUUCUGCAUGGAGGCGCUGAACGCUCCCUGUGGAGAUGCUGUUUGGCCGUGUAGCUUUUUCCCACACAUGCACAAUAGCCUCCCAAUGCUUUCCUAUGGGAAAUCAUUGGAUUGGCUGAGAUCAUCAAGUUUGAUCUCAACCAAAGUGAAGAAUACACUCAUAGGACUUCAAAAUCUACAAGAUUACGUCAUUUGUUUUUAACAGCUAUGCAACAGCAUACAUUCGCCAUUACCAAACUUUUCUAAAUAUAGAAAAUGCAAUCUACAAAAAGGAAUAUAUAGUGUAGUAAAUUUAAACACACAAACUAUAGUGCACCAGGAUAAUAAAAAUAGUAACAUUUAUUUGAUUGCACUCACAAGAUAAUAGUUGUAAUCCAGCUUGUCAAAAUAAUUGGGGGAUAAUGGUGCCGGCGUCCUCUUUCCCUUAACAAGUAAUAGCAAGACAAACCAAAUUAAAAACCAAAUAGGAACAUAAAUAAAAUAAGUCAGCAAUGGCAAUAACAAGGUGCUGUCGUGGUCCCUCCACCCUACGCGUUUCGUCUCCAAACGAGACUUCCUCAGGGGCUAAUGAAGGUGCAUGUUACAGUCUAUUGAGUCCGUCUUUUAAAAAGCCGUAGAUUCCCGCCUUCUGUAUGGCCAAUCAGGGUGUAUCACCUGCGUUAGUUUGAUGCGUUCCAAGCCUCAUUUUCAGUUCGACCAUUCUUAGAACAACUUCCGGUCUUGCGUGGAAACAACAUCCGGUAUUAUCAUGAAAACAAAUAAAGAAAAACAUUUAAACAUAAAUAAUUAUUAGUAUUAAUGGAAGAAGAGAUCAAAUACCAAAUAUAAUAUAGAGAAACCUUUUUCAAGGUGUGUAUUAUAAAAAAUAAUAAAAGAUGAAAAGGAAAGGCACAUGGGAUGAUAAUUAUAUAAAUAACAAAUGUAUAAAUAUAAAAAAUAUAUAAAUAUAAAAAUUAUAGAGUAUGAAUAAAAGAUACAUACUUAAAAAAUAAUACAAUAGUUAAAAAAUAUAUAUGUGAUGGUUUAUUUAUAAAAAACAUACCAUAUCAAAAUCGACAUUUAGUCCAAUAGGGCUAAAAGUCUUAAGAUUAAAAAUCCAAAAACCUUCUCUUUGACAUAAUUUCUUUAUUAAAUCACCUCCUCUAUCAUCCAAUGUAACUCUUUCUAAACCCGUGCAUAAAAAGGUAUCAAACUUAAAAUCAGGACAAUUAUUACAGUGUACCGGUACAGAGUGAGUAAUCAAGUGUUUCUUUAUAUUGUUACAAUGUUCCAUAAAUCUAACUUUAAGUGCUCUACUAGUUCUCCCCACAUAUUGAAUGCCACAUCCACAAGUUAAAAGAUAUACUACAUUAGUGGUGUUGCAGUUAAUGUAAUCAUUUAUUUUAAAAAGUUCUCCUGUUUUGUGACUUUUAAAAUGUUGGGUUUUUUUAGGUAAAAAUUUACAACCCUUGCAUCUACCACAUUUGUAGAAUCCCUUUAGGGAUGAGGCUUCUGUUUGCUUAGAUCUAAACGUACUAGGAGCUAAAACAUUUUACUCCUCUUAAAAAUCAUUUUUGGUACAGAUGGAAUUUGUUUCCUUAGGAGGUCAUCUUCCAAUAAAAGAGGCCAAUGUUUUUGUAAAAUCUUUUUUAAUUGUAAAGGCUUGAGCAUUAUAUUGAGUGAUAAAAGAUAAACUAAAAUUUUCAUUAGAAUUCUUAUUUUUAGCCCUAUUAACUAAAAGAUCAUUCCUGGUAAUGUUUUUACAUCUAUCGAUUUCUUGUUCUAAAAAUUUAGGAGAAUAACCUUUUUCUAUAAAUUUAUUCUUAAGGAAUUCUGACUGAUCCAAAAAAUAACUUUGAUCGGUACAAUUUAUUUUGAGUCUAGUGAACUGGCUUCUAGGAACUCCUCGAAGCCAAUUCGGGUGAUGAGCACUUUUAGUAUCGAUAAAAGAGUUGGAAUCUGUAGGUUUAAAAAAUGUCUUUUUUUUAAUAAUAGAAUUCUCUAUAUAAAGGGUAAGAUCUAAAAAGUUAAUACUGAAAGGGUCUAUUUGGGGAGUAAAAACCAAUGAUUGGUUAUUCAUAUUUAUGAAAUUAAAAAAUUCAUUCAAAAGAUCAAGUGGGCCUUUUCAAAUAAUUAAAAUAUCAUCUAUAUAUCUCCGCCAUAGUACCAAAUUCACUCCAAAUGGGUUAUUAUUCCAAACAUUGGUAGUUUCCCAAUUAUCCAUAAUAACAUUUGCGUAACUAGGAGCGAAUUUGGUACCCAUGGCCGUAGAUAAAAAAUUACCAUUAAAACUGAAAAAAUUAUGGGUUAAAAUAAAUUUUAUACCAUCCAAGAUAAAUUGUCUAAAAUGAGGAGAUAAGUUACUAUCCAAGUCUAAUACUCUUUGGACAGCUUUAAGACCUAAAUCAUGAUCAAUAAUCGUAUAUAGUAAAGUGACAUCCAAAGUUGCCCAUACGUAGUUUUCUUUCCAUUCAAUACACUCUAUUUCUUGAAUAAGAUUUUUAGUAUCCUUUAAAUAGGAUUUAGCACUUUGAGCAUGUUUCUGAAGGGAAAAAUCUACAUAUUCUGACAAUCUAGAUGUCAGAGUCAACACCACUAAUAAUGGGAAGUCCUGGUGGAUGAGAGAUAGACUUAUGUACUUUAGGGAGAAAAUAAAAUGUUGGAAUUCUUGGAAAAUCUAAAUGUAAAAAAGAAAAUAACUUAUCAUCUAUCACAUUUUGACUUUUAUAAUUUAAAAGUAAUUCUUUCAAUUUAAGAUUAAAAUCUUUAUUGGGCUCUUGUCUCAGAAGGGUAUACGUAUCUCUAUCUUCCAAUAACUGAUAAGAUUCAGUUAGAUAAUAAUGGGUGGGCAUAACAACAGUACCACCACCCUUAUCUACACUCUUAAUAAUUAAAUUGUCUUUUGAUUUUAAGUUUUUUAAAAUCCCAUUUUCUUUUUGUGUUAGAUUAAAGUUUUUAAUGUUGGGGUUCAUUUUCUCUAGAUCUUUAGUAACCAUCUUUGAAAAUGCUUCUAUUUGACUCCCUUUAUCAUUGGGGUAAAAAGUGGACUUAAGUUUAUAAAUAGCUCCUUCUUGGCUAUUAAUGCCUAAGUGGGGUUGAUUUAAUUCUUUUUUUGCAAAAAAAUCUCUUUAAAGAGAGUUUACAUAUGAAUUUAUUAACAUCUAUAAAUAGAUUGAACGAAUUUGCUGGGGCAUUCGGAGCGAAUUUAAGUCCUUUCUCCAAUAUUUUAAUUUCUUCUAGGUUAAUAUCUGCAUCACCUAUAAUAAAAAUGCCCUUAUUUUGUGCAAACUCUUUCAAUCUUCCUCUGUCUCCUCUCCACUCAACCUCCUCCUUUUUCCCGGAACAUUCCAAUCUCCCAAAGGGGCAAAGCGAUUGGUGAGAUCUUUUUUGGGUAAUUUGGGGGUAUUUAUUUUCUAAAUAUGUCAAGGUAGUUGGACUGAAACAUUGGUUAUAUGCAAAAGCACAUCUCCUUAAAGGAACACUAUUCCUUUACACCUACUGUGCAGCACUGAGCCAGGAAGCACCUCCAGUGGCCAUCUCCUUUCUCUGAAAAGGCAGUGUUUGCAUAAAAAUGCCUGAAUGCAAUGAAUAUACGCACCAGAACAAUUACAUUAAGCUGUAGUUGUUCUGGUGACUACAGCUGUCCCUUUGAAAUAAACUUGCUCUUUUGUUAACUUUGAGCGUGAGGACAUCCAGUGUCAGUCAGGCAACUUUUGUUAUACUGUACUUUUCUAAAUAAAUAAUUUAAUAAUUAUAAUAAAGUUUUUUUUUUUUUUUGUGGCCCACUUGAACUUAAACCUUGUUUAUUUGGCCUUGUUAUCCUUCGAGUUUGACAUGCUUGCCUUAGAUCCAUCACUAGCUUGUUAAGCCACCAUAUAUCUGGUAAGUUGUUUUAUUUUACAAUAUUACAUAAGGUGUAAGAUUGUGGGUUUUUUUUUGUUUUUUUUUUGUUUUGUUUUUUUAUCUGUUUAUUCACCUUACGAUUGUCUUUGGUCUUUUUGUCUAGUAUCACACCCCCAAAAAGGAUACAUGCACCACUUUUUUAUAUAAACUAAAUUCCCAACUGAUCUGAUUUUUUUUUUAACAGUCUUUUUCUCUUUCUCUUUUCCCUCUCUUUCUCUUCUCUUCCUUUUUUCACCUUGCCUUAUUUUUUUUUAUUUUAUUUUUUUCGUGGAAUUAACUUUAGAUAAAAUAGACAAUGCUCUUAGAUGCUUAUCUCUUAUAACCCCUCUUCUACUUUCUUUGGCUCAUAAAAAAAAGAUUUUAUGUGUGUGUGUAUUACCGAUCUUGAUGCUCCCCAAUGAUAUCUUCGGUUGUGCUGUUUGAGGGGCAAUAGGAUAGCAGCAAAAUAAUUUCUCCAUGAGAUAAGUCUGGAUAAACUGCAAUAUUUUAAAAUCUCUCUUUUGCAAGCUCGUUCUCAAUACUUGCCCGCACGACCUGUUGUUUUAAUUGGAAAGAGACCAAAUAUACAAUAAAUAUCGCUGGGUGUAAAUUCUGAAAUGUUUUGCGGUUUUCUCAAUCAAUAAAAGUUGUCUAUCACUGUUUCUUGAUUUUCAAAUUUGAUAUUAAAGGCAAUAAAAAAAGUUAAAAGAAUUUCAGUUUGUUGUAUGUGAUACUUUCUGAAAUAAACUUUAUUCAAAUGUCCUUCCCUUUGAAUUGAUCUUUGUAAUGAUUUAUUUUUUGUUCAGGUGCCUUAAUUUCUAUUUCUAUCUUCUUUUGCGAAUUUGCAAUAGUCUUAUACUGAAGACGAUUGUAUGGGGAACAAUUAACACCUCCGUCUGAGUGAUUACCACUAGAGGUGUAACUAGCCAGCAAAGUAAACACUACCUUUUCUUUGAAAAGACUGUGCUUACAUUACAAAGGCUGCAUGAACAUUAGGUUCUAGUGAUUCUGGUGACUACAGUGUCCCUUUAAAGCCAUGUUAUCUGGAUCCUUAAAAGAAAAGGCUACUUUGGCUGAUCAGGUCUCAUCGGUUCUGGCAGGGCUGCCAUCAGGGCAUGACAACCGUGACAAUUGUCACGGGCCCGGCGGCCCUGGGGGGCCCGGCCGCCCGGGCCCCACGUGGAUCAGCGGAACUGCCGCCGGUGCAUCUGCACCGGGGCCCACAAGCUGAUGGGGCCCAUCAGGUGGCCCCAAUCAUUUAGGGCCACCCAAUGGGCCCUAUUAUCUUCAGGGGCCCGUUUAGCGCUGUAAUAGCGCGACCGGGCCCCUUUAAAAAAAAAAAAAAUGCAGCCGGAAGCAAGUGCUGCUGGGAGGAAGUGACGUCCGGUCACUUCCUCCCACUUUACUCCGCGCGGGAAGGAGGACGCAGCCUGAGGAGAGGCAGCCGAUGCCCAUCAUCCCCAGCCACCCUCCUGCGACGAAAUGGUAAGGAAGAGAGGAGGGUGGCUUGGGAUGAAAUGUGUGUGUGUGUAUGCCAGUGUGUGUAUGCCAGUGUGUGUGUAUGCCUGUGUGUGUAUGCCUGUGUGUGUAUGCCUGUGUGUGUACACCAGUGUGUGUGUGUAUGCCUGUGUGUGUAUGCCAGUGUGUGUGUGCCAGUGUAUGUGUGUGUAUGCCAGUGUGUGUAUGCCAGUGUGUGUGUAUGCCUGUGUGUGUGUGCCUGUGUGUGUGUGUGCCAGUGUAUGUGUGUGUAUGCCAGUGUGUGUAUGCGAGUGUGUGUGAUGCCAGUGUAUGUGUGUGUGUAUGCCAGUGUAUGUGUGUGUGUAUGCCGGUGUAUGAAUGCUGGUGUAUGAAUGCCAGUGUAUGUGUGUGUGUAUGCCAGUGUCUGAAUGCCAGUGUAUGUGUAUGUAUGCCAGUGUGUGUGUAUGCCAGUGUAUGAAUGCCAGUGUAUGUGUAUGUAUGCCAGUGUGUAUGCCAGUGUGUGUAUGCCAGUGUGUGUAUGUGUGUAUGUAUGCCAGUGUGUAUGCCGGUGUAUGAAUGCCAGUGUGUGUGUGUGUAUGCCAGUGUGUGUGUGUGUAUGCCAGUGUAUGUGUGUAUGAAUGCCAGUGUAUGUGUGUGUAUGCCAGUGCGUGUGUGUAUGUAUGCCCAUGUAUGCCAGUGUAUGCGUGUGUGUAUGUAUGCCAGUGCGUGUAUGCCAGUGUGUGUCUGUAUGCAUGCCUGUGUGUGUCUGUAUGUAUAAAUCAAUAUGCAGUAUGUAUAUGUAUGUUUGUCAGUAUGUAUGUCUGCUUGUAUAUGUGUGUGUGUCUCAGCAUCUCCCUAUGCAUGUGUGUAUGUCUGUUUCAGUAUUUGUAUCUGUUAAGUGUGUGUGUAUUCCUGUGGGCGGGAUUUGGAGGCAGGCUUGAAGGGGGGCCCAGACCUUGAGCUGUGUUAGGGGCCCCAAAAUUUCUGAUGGCGGCCCUGGGUUCUGGACAAAAUACGUUAAAACAGGCUUCUAAUAUGGAUAAUGCCCCAGGUGGUGUUUUAGGGAAACUGAAACACGGUGCCAGCGUUAAAGGGAUAGGUUUCUAUAGAAUUCUUGGAACCUCAAAAUUCCCUGUCACAGAGUUGGCUUCAUGCCUCGUUGUCAUAUGGAGUAAAUCUCUGCUUUCUAGUGCCAGUGUAACCCUACAUGCAGGUCAACUGUGACCAAUCAAGAUCAGAAAUGGCUGGGUAUCACCGGGGUCCCCUGGGAUCCUGCAGUCUGAUCCUUCUUCCUAAAAGAGGAGUUCCUCUUCCAUGUUACCAAUAUGAAUUCUGUGUUUGGACAGAAUUCAUAAACUGAGAGCAUCAGCCGUGGAUUACAGUCCUAAUCAGACAAAAUUAAUAUAUCUAAUGCAGGAGGGCAUUUCUGCUUUCGCAGUAUCUGUAAAGAAAGGCAGGCCAUGGAUGCCCGGGGAACAAUGUGUGCUCUAAAAAAAAAUGUUGAUUAGCUCCAAAUGUAACAGAAAAUCUUGUAGUGAAUGCUUUAAAUUGAUGUUUGAAUGUAGUAGGCGUGUCAAAAAAUGUCAUAAGACAUGUCACAGAUGUUAGAGGCAUGGAAACCUUUUCCCGUCCUUUUUGCCUAUUUAUCAUGGAAAAUAAAAGUAAAACCUUUUAUUAAUGCUUAUACAAGCGGUUAUAGUUGGUGACAAGGUAUCAGAAUAACUAGAGCAAUGGUAGACAACCUUCGGUACUCCAGAUGUUCCCCACAAUGCUCUCACAGCCAUAAUACUGGCAAGGCAUCUGGGAAGAUGUAGUCCACAACAUCGGGAGUGCCGAAUUCUUGAUCUAUCAGAACCAUAAUGUGUGAAAGCAUUCCUGAAUACUACACACAUAUCAUGAGAGGUUUCUAAAUCAUGCAGUGUUUCCCCUGCAGCCAAGGAUUCUGGGUUGUCAUCUCUCGGAUUUGGUUCCAUUAUAUCCAUUUAAUGAUUUGAUUCCAUUAUAUCCAUUUAAUGAUUUGAUUCCAUUAUAUCCAUUUAAUGAUUUGAUUCCAUUAUAUCCAUUUAAUGAUUUGAUUCCAUUAUAUCCAUUUAAUGAUUUGAUUCCAUUAUAUCCAUUUAAUGAUUUGGUUCCAUUAUAUCCAUUGAAUGAUUUGAUUCCAUUAUAUCCAUUUAAUGAUUUGAUUCCAUUAUAUCCAUUUAAUGAUUGGAUUCCAUUAUAUCCAUUUAGUGAUUUGAUUCCAUUAUAUCCAUUUAAUGAUUGGAUUCCAUUAUAUCCAUUUAAUGAUUUGAUUCCAUUAUAUCCAUUUAAUGAUUUGGUUCCAUUAUAUCCAUUUAAUGAUUUGAUUCCAUUAUAUCCAUUUAGUGAUUUGAUUCCAUUAUAUCCAUUUAAUGAUUUGAUUCCAUUAUAUCCAUUUAAUGAUUUGAUUCCAUUAUAUCCAUUUAAUGAUUUGAUUCCAUUAUAUCCAUUUAAUGAUUUGAUUCCAUUAUAUCCAUUUAAUGAUUUGAUUCCAUUAUAUCCAUUCAGUGAUUUGAUUCCAUUAUAUCCAUUUAAUGAUUUGAUUCCAUUAUAUCCAUUCAGUGAUUUGAUUCCAUUAUAUCCAUUUAGUGAUUAGAUUCCAUUAUAUCCAUUUAAUGAUUUGAUUCCAUUGUAUCCAUUGAAUGAUUUGAUUCCAUUAUAUCCAUUUAAUGAUUUGGUUCCAUUAUAUCCAUUGAAUGAUUUGAUUCCAUUGUAUCCAUUUAGUGAUUUGAUUCCAUUAUAUCCAUUUAAUGAUUUGGUUCCAUUAUAUCCAUUUAGUGAUUUGAUUCCAUUAUAUCCAUUUAAUGAUUUGAUUCCAUUAUAUCCAUUUAAUGAUUUGAUUCCAUUAUAUCCAUUUAAUGAUUUGAUUCCAUUAUAUCCAUUUAAUGAUUUGGUUCCAUUAUAUCCAUUGAAUGAUUUGAUUCCAUUAUAUCCAUUUAAUGAUUUGAUUCCAUUAUAUCCAUUUAAUGAUUUGAUUCCAUUAUAUCCAUUUAAUGAUUUGAUUGCAUUAUAUCCAUUUAGUGAUUUGGUUCCAUUAUAUCCAUUUAAUGAUUUGGUUCCAUUAUAUCCAUUUAAUGAUUUGAUUCCAUUAUAUCCAUUUAAUGAUUUGGUUCCAUUAUAUCCAUUUAAUGAUUUGGUUCCAUUAUAUCCAUUUAAUGAUUUGAUUCCAUUAUAUCCAUUUAAUGAUUUGGUUCCAUUAUAUCCAUUUAGUGAUUUGAUUCCAUUAUAUCCGUUUAAUGAUUUGAUUCCAUUAUAUCCAUUUAAUGAUUUAAUUCCAUUAUAUCCGUUUAAUGAUUUGGUUCCAUUAUAUCCAUUUAAUGAUUUGAUUCCAUUAUAUCCAUUUAAUGAUUUGGUUCCAUUAUAUCCAUUUAGUGAUUUGAUUCCAUUAUAUCCAUUUAAUGAUUUGAUUCCAUUAUAUCCAUUUAAUGAUUUGGUUCCAUUAUAUCCGUUUAAUGAUUUGGUUCCAUUAUAUCCGUUUAAUGAUUUGAUUCCAUUAUAUCCGUUUAAUGAUUUGAUUCCAUUAUAUCCAUUUAAUGAUUUGAUUCCAUUAUAUCCAUUUAGUGAUUUGAUUCCAUUAUAUCCACAGCACAGCUUUUCAUUGGAAUUUUACCCCCCUUUUAUCCCAGGCACAUGGUUUGACUCUUUGGACAUUCUAUUAGUUGCAUUAAUAUUCCAUCUCUGCUCUGAUCUAUUCCUAGCACAGCUGAGCCUUGUGGUUUAUAAUUGGACUGACUGGGAAAUGUGGGUUUCUCUGGGGUUUUCAAUGGCUUAUAAACUCUUGCAAGGAUGUAACUGUUCAGAAGGGUUGGACAGGCUUCCUGGUAGCUCUUUCCAUGUAGGUAUGUACUAACCUUUCAGUAUUCGGCCCUCUCACAUCUUUGACAUGUGAUAGCACCUCAUCUCUUUAUUUUCUUUUAUUAUUAUUUUUUUGUUUCAAUAUUCUUUAUUGAAUAAUUUAUAUAUUAAUAUUCAUAUACAUAUAAAAAAAUAGACAUAACUUUACAUCAUUAACUAUAUCCCCUGCCAAUAAGAGUCAUCAAAUCUCAUUAUUAUAACUGAGAGCAAGGUAUCUGUUUGUUUUUUCUCAAUCUUCUAAAGUUAUUCACUAAACUGAAAAUUAAAAAAAGAAUUUCAAACUUAAGGUCAAAAUAGCCAAAUUCUCUGUCUAUGAUUUCAGCUAAGCCACUCGGGGCUUAAAUUUGAUUCUCCCGUUAGUGAGAAUAACCAUAUAAAUGUAGCCGGUUUCUUCCAAGUGGUUACUAUUACUUAAUUGUUUUGUAAACAAAGGUGUGGGUUUUUUUUUUUUUAAAUGUAUAACUAUUUGCUUAUUUCCAUAAUACAACAAGAUGAAUGACUUCACUAAAUUUUGUUGGGGCAAGUGACUUUGCAAGUUACCCUUCCAGUUUAUACACGUAGUCCUAGCUCUGAUGGGCACACAGCGAAGGGAAGUUCUAACUGAUGUGAUAUUGUUACGGGGAAAGGACUCCAUUCCGUACAAUACAAUGACCCUAGCUAUGGAGCCCUCCCUUCUACAUACAUCCAAAGGACACCACUCUGAAACAGACCUACAUUAAUGACAAUGGAAGUUGUGACACCCUUUAUUUUAAAUAUUAUAUAUGGACAUGUCAUGGUUCUGAGUUCUGUUUUUUGUUUUUCUUAGCUUUUGUUUUUAUCAAUAUUUUCAAAAAAUACAAUUGUACAGAUUUAAGAUGAUCUGAUUUUAUUUUUAAAAUUCACAAUAGUAAUCUCCAUAUGUCUGUCUUCUAAAAAAACAAAAACAUAUAUAUAUAUAUUUAUUUUUAAAUAUUUUUUUUUUUUUAUUAUUAGCCAUGUUGUCUACAAAUAACGUGCAAACUAUAGGUCUGUGGGUUCUAGCUAUCUAGCUGGAUAGGAUCAUGUAAACUAGGCAGACUGAUUAGAUAGAUUAUGGAUGUAAUCAAAAUAAUUCCGCCCCCAUUGAAAAUCAGGUUUAUUGUCAAAAUGUAAAGACUUUCAGCUGUUUGCAAUGAACAAACCAAACAAAGGUAAUUAAAAAGCUCAACACAACAAAUGCUUCAAGUGGUUCCCCCAAUUACAACUGAAAAUGCUUCUUAUAAUGACUUCUCCAGUCUCCAAAUUAUCCAACCCCUUCAUGGUAAGUAUCUUUAGUACUUCAUAGAGGGCCCUUUUGCUGCUAUGACCUGCUGAAAACGAGAUGAAUAGCCAGACACCAGAUUCUGGCAGCAUUCCUGAGGAAUCUUAGCCCGUUGCUCAUGAGCUAUAGUCUCCUGUUCACUAUUCUUCAAUAUUCUUCUUCAAAUCCCACCAGAGAUUUUCUAUGAGGUUUAAAUCAGGUGAUUGUGAUGGCUAGUGUAGAAUUUAACAGGACGACUUCUGCAACCAAGCCUUGGUGGAAUAUGAGGUAUGCUUGGAAUCACUGUCUUGAUGGAAGGUCCAAUGACGCCCAAGCUUCAGCUUAUUAACAGACGGCAUGACGUUUUCUCCUACGAUUUCCUCAUACUUCAAUGAAUCCAUCUUGCCUUCCACAUGCUGCAGGUCUCCAGUGCCAUGGGAUGCAAAGCAGCCCCAGAGCAUCACCAAGCCACCACCAUCCUUACCUAUAGUCAUUAUUCUUUUCACUGUAUGCUUCAUUCUUCUUCCUCCAGACAUACUGCCGAUCCAUUGAGAUGAAGAUUUCCAGUUUUGAUUAAUCUCUCCACUGAACAGAAUCCAAAAUCUUCUGUGGCUUAUUAUUAUGAUUUUGAGCAUAUUGGAACUGACUUUUCCUGUGCUUUUAGGUCAGUAGUGGUGUACAUCUCGGAGUUCUGGCAUGGAAACCUUCUGCGUUUAGUACGUGCCUUACUGUGUUCACUGAAACCUCAGUGACUAUUGCCACCAAGUCUUCUGGUGUUUUUUUGCAGUCACUAGAGGGUUUUUCACAACCUGCUUUGUAAAAAAUCAGGCUGCAGCCAUUGAUAGUCCAGGUAGUGUAGCCACUGUUCCUUCAACUUUGAACUUGUGAACUAUGCUUCCAACGGUGUCUCUAGGAACAUUCAGUGCCUUUGUUAUCUUUUUGUAGCCUGUUCCUUGUUUGUGAAGGGUAAUCAUGAUCUCUUCUCUAACUUUGUUGAUCAUUCUUUUGACUUAGCCAUCUUUGUAACAUGCAGACAAACGUGACACAACAAACCCCUAGCCAGUUCAGGUAUUUCAAGCACACCUGGUGCAACUAAUUAAGACCCUUGAUUAGUUGCAUCAUGUGUACUUGAGACAACACCUGUAUUACAUAUUUGUGCUGUUGUGAUGCAUUCUAUUCAGGGGGUUAAAUAAUUUUGAGACUGGAGAAGUCAUUAUAAUUUGCUUUUUCAGUUGAAUUUGGGGAAAUCACUUGAAACAUUCAUUUAAGCUAUUUCAAUUGCUUUUGUUUGAUUUGAAAUCAAGAUUUCUCGAGGGCUGCACAGUUCUUAUGGAACUCUCUUCCCUCCUCCGUUAGAUGCUCACCCAGUCUCCACUCCUUCAAAAAAUCGUUAAAAACCCACUUCUUCAUAAAAGCGCAUCAAUUAAACUGUUAAUAGCUCCUGACUGAUUCCUCUUCUGCAACUGUCACUAGUCUAAUUCUAUCCUUACCUUAUUGUGUCAUUUUACCCCACUCCCUCUAGCAUGUAAGCUCAUUGAGCAGGGCCCUCAACCCCUCUGUACCUGUGUGUCCAACUUGUCUGGUUACAACUACAUGUCUGUUCGUCCACCCACUGUAAAGCACUGUGGAAUUUGAUGGCGCUAUAUAAAUAUCAUAAUAAUAAUAAUAAUAAUAAUUUGCUCACUGCAAACAGCAGGAAGUCUGUAAAUAGACAAUAAAUUAGAUUUUCAAUGGGGGUUGAAUAGUUUUGAUUACAACUGUAUAUUUCAUUGGUUAACUGGUUAGACUGAAAUAAAAGUUGAAUAAAUAGUUUAGAUACCGAGAGAAUAACAAAAUUUUUUAAAACAUUAAAUAUAUAAUAAAAAAAAUAAAAAUAAAAAAUAUAUAUAUAUAUUAAGGGAAUUCUGUGUACAAGUUUAAAGGGACACUGUAGGCACCCAGACCACUUCAGUUUUUUGAAGUGGUCGGGGUGCAAAGUCCGAUGUCCCUUAACCCUGCAAUAGUAAUUAUUGCAGUUUCUGGGAAACUGCAAUGAUUACCUCUGUGGGUUAACUCCACCUCUAGUGGCUGUCUAACAGACAGCCACUAGAGUGACUUCCUGAAUUGAAACGAACCUUUAGUCCGUUAUCUGACACUGGAAGUCCUCGUGCAGAGCAUGAGGAAGUCCAGCAUCAGAUUUGUCCCCAUAGGUAAAGCAUUGUGUAAUUCUCUCCUAUAGGAAAUCCUAAUGCGAGUGCAGCCAUUGCCACGCCAUGCGCAUUAGGUCUCCUCCGCCGGCUGACUUCGGCAGGGGAGGAGCGUGGGCGGAGCCAGACCCAGCGCCUAGGGACAUCGGCGUUGGAUUCGGGUAAGUUACAUAGGUAUAUAGCUGAAAAGAGACUUGUGUCCAUCAAGUUCAGAUUUCCUCACAUAUGUUGUUGCUGUUGCAAAAAACCUAGUCUGAAGCACUUCCAAUUUUGCCACAAACUAGGAAAAAAUUCCUUAUUGACCCCAAAAUAGCAGUCAGAUGUCUCCUUGGAUCAAGCAGCUAUUACCCCACUAAUUAGAAAUUAUAUCCCUGUAUGUUAUGUUUUUGUAAGUAUUUAUCCAAUUGCAGUUUAAACCUCUGUAGUAACUCUGACAAAACCACCUCUUCAGGCAGAUACUUCCAUAUCCUUAUUGCUCUUACUGUAAAAAAACCUUUUCUUUGCCUUAGAUGAAAUCUCCUUUCUUCCAGCCUAAAUGUGACCUCGUGUCCUAUGUAUAUCCCUGUUUAUGAAUAGAUUUCCAGAUAAAGGUUUGUACUGGCCCCGAAUAUAUUUGUAUAAAGUUAUCAUAUCCCCUCUCAGGCGCCAUUUUCCAAACUAAACAGAUUUAAUUUUUUUAACCUUUCUUCAUAACUAAAAUGCUCCAUUCCUUUUAUCAAUUUUGGAGCCCGUGUCUGGACUUUUUCUAGUGCCAUGAUCUCUUUCUUUAGAACAGGUGCACUGGAGUUUUAUUUGGUUUCAUUUUUUUUUCUUUCUUCACACAAGCCAUGAGAUAAACACGAGCCUAGUGAGUCAUAUACAGCGAAGCCAUUGAUUUAACAUUCCUAGCAGGGGGGGGCGGAGCCUGACUACUGAGCCGACUGGUCGCAUGCUGCCCGAGAUCCGGGCCGAGACCCUUACGAUACCCGCUGUUUCAGCCCUAACAUGCCUCUGAAGCACAAGACUCCACAGCGGAUCACUUACCCACAGCCUGGCGACAUCACAAGCGAAGCCUGCGGAAGGUCGAGGCGGGGGGAGACUGCCGCUCUCCAUGCUCUCGCAUCGAAGGCGGGACCCAAGCUUGCUCCCACCCUCCCCCAUGCACCGGCAGGGGUCAUCCCGGUCCUCCUCACCACAACCGAGCCCAAAGGUACAUGCGGAGCAGGAGGGCAGCUCGGAACAGGCCAAGAUGGCCACCGACAUGAGGCCAUGUUCAUCCCAGACCCCAGAGAUCCCAUAGCUCUGGCAUUUGAGAGCUUCUGGGAGCAAUACUGGGAGCACACCACACAGAGCCUGACAAGACCCACAGCUGCGACAAGCCCUCCACGGAAUGAUGACAAACCGCCACAGCCCGGGCAGAUGGCUAGUGCAACACAAGUGGGGAGUGGAGGCGGAGGCCUCCUACAGAGUCCAGACGCAGAGCUGACCAGCGGGUGCACUCUUCUCCACACCUCAUACCUGACAAGCGGUGGAGACCGCCAACAGUUCUUAAAGCGGCACCUACAUCAGCGAAACCGAUGAAGCAACAGGUCCACCUGAAGGUCGCCACACACCAUGAUCCGUCCAACACCCGCUAUGAGACUUUCACACACCAAGGAGAUCAAGUGCCAAGACAGGGGAUGGGGUGAACUUCUAACAAGGUUCUACCUGGGCAUUUCAGUGACUACCAUACUUUUAUUACACUGACCAAUCUGCCCCAGUCCUUGCCUGAACUGUUUAUUAUAUUGCCUGCCCAUUUGACUUCCUCUGCAACCCUGAUGAUACCAAGGGGCCAUGGCGCUCUAUCCGACUUGAACAGCGAAGCUUAAUGUUAAUUCGGCUAAACUGGACACUAGCAACUGCAGAUGAGUUAAUCAUCUUAGCCACUCAUAGCCUCUGUAUAUAUCGGAUGAAGUUUUAGUAUUCUUCUGGGAAAUUUGUGUUUACUGCACUGGUGCCUAUUGACAUGAACACAGCUAAUCAUACUGUCUCGGAACACACUAACAUACCGCAAUCAACCCAUGCACAAAUGUAAUAUAGCCUAAUCUCACCACUCAUCUCUUGUAUACUAACUCUCUCACGCACCCCGCUACCACAUGUUCCAGCCUGUUAAACUACAUAAACUGCCUAGACCACACGCCUUCAGUUCUAAACAUCGCUUUUACAUUCGCAUGCAUAUGUAGCCUACUCAAUUUACUAUAUUUCAAUAAUGUAUCAUAGCAUGUUUGUAAUUAUUACAUGCACUGCAAAGAAAUUUAAAAAAAACAAAAAAAACACAAAACAUUCCUAGCAGGACACAUUCUAAAUAACCGAAUACUGCAAGAACAUUAUUUCUUUAAAACUCAUUAAUUCUACUUGGGAUGAGGUGGCUUUGUUAAAUUGAUCUAUAACUAACCCCUACCCAUAAAAUAAUCAGACAAAUAAGCAGGGCCCCUACAUUUUCCGCUGGCUCUCGUUCAUCUUGAGCAAAGUAAUGAUCACACGUUGUACCGUUGAGACGGAUGAGGCACCUCUUAACGGUUGUAGAGUCAAAGCGUGUUUUUUGAUGAGGAGAUGUGAUCUGCAUACAUUGUAUUUGGUGCAAUAGAUAUUUGAUGCAAUACAUAAUGUAUAUUCUAUGUGAGACAAAUUUGACACUAUGUCGCUAUCCUGAAUAUGGCUUUAUUGAGACUAGUUGUUUCAAUGUUCAUUUACUACCUAUUCGUUAUCCUUUUAAAAAAUCAUUGUCUUUAUUAUUGAAAACUUCAUAUUAAUAAGGAAUGUCAAAAAAAGAAAGAAGCAGGGUAGUGUAGAAGUAAAUGAGGAUUGCUCUACCAUCUUGGCAAUCGUCUGCUAAACUUACAAAGUUCCAUAUUAUGGUCACAUUCCUGACAUGUACAGAGGUAACAUUAUCCUUCUUUUAUGUAAUCCAUAUCUUUACCAAUAUCUCAUGGAGCAGAGACCAGGAAUUCUUCAAAACGAAUACGCUUUUUUACAUGUUGUCUUCUUUUCAUAUAAUUUGUAAUUGUCAUCUUUAAUGGGAAUUUCCAUUGUUUUUGGUUUUCUUUUGUAUGUAUGUCUGUAUAACCCAACCAUUGUCAUUUUUUUUUUUUUAAAGAAUUCUCCAUUAUGCCAGUCUACAGGGGAAAUUACCCUGGCACAGCUCAAGGACUGGAUUUGGUGGUGUUAUGAUAGACAAUAUGGGCCAUAAACCUCUCAGCCUCAUUAAUCCUACUACUCUCGAUCUCACAGAAAGACCACAUUGUAUAACCACGCUCAUUCUUGUUCGUCUUUAACAUCCAGGAAAGUUCUGUAGAUUCCAUCAAUCACAAUAUUUAACCAGUUGGAAAAUGUUCUAUCAGAUUUUGGUUGCAUAAUCUCCAGCUUUGAAUAUGAAAUCCAGAAACAGUGUCACUAGUGUUCCAGCUCUUCUUUUAGACUAUCUGUGCCAUAUCAUUUGGAUCUCUAUUUCUGUCUUAUAUUCAUCUGGCAACAUAUUAAUGAUGAAGUCCUGGAGAAGCACAAUGUGCCUUUUCAUCUUUUUAGAUCCUCCAAAAAAAUGUCAUGCUGUAAUCUGAAAAUCCCAUUCAUUGUUUCCAACCAAUAAGUAGCAUCGGACAUGGAAUUUAAGAACCAUACACCAGGCUUCUUUACUCUUCUCGGUCUUUCUGAGAAGCCUUACCUCCGCCUCCCUCUCUUCUCUUUCUUUCUGUGUGCCUAUACUCUUUGUGUUGUUGGAAACUUUUUGAUCUCAUUACUCAUCUUAACUCAACCUCAGCUCCAUACUCCCAUGUACAUCCUGCUUGGAAGUCUCUCUCUAGUUGAUAUCUGCCUGACGUCUCUCACCAUUCCUCGGGCACUCUGUGGAUUCUUGUCUGGAAACAACACCAUCUCUUACGUUGGGUGCUUCCUUCAGCUUUUUUUGUUCCACAUGGUUGGAAACAUGGACAGCUUUGUACUUGCGAUCAUGGCACUAGACCGGUAUGCUGCAGUCUGCCAGCCACUGCACUACUCUGCAAUCAUGAGUAAAAAGACAUGCAUUUGUCUAGUAACCAUAUCGUGGAUUAUCGUCAGCCUCCACUCUGUUUUGUUCACGGUCAUGACGUCCAUUGUUCCAUAUUGUGACUGGAAUGUCCAUCAUUUCUUCUGUGAUGUUCCAGCCAUGCUUAUGCUGUCCUGCACAGACACAUAUACUCAGCAGAUGGUUGUGUUUAUUGAAGGAUCCCUCAUUGUUAUGGGUCCCAUGCUCUUCAUCGUGGGCUCUUAUGUCCUGAUCAUCAGAGCUGUGCUAAAGCUGAAUUCAUCUCAAGGAAGGAGGAAAACCUUCUCCACUUGUUCUUCUCAUCUCACAGUUGUCAUUCUCUUCUACAGUUCAAUUAUCUUCAUGUACUUUCGUCCAAGCAACCUCUACUCCCCAAUGUACGAUCGAGUGGUCAGCAUAGUGUACAGUGUCAUCACUCCCAUGCUGAAUCCUUUUAUAUAUUCUCUAAGAAAUAAAGAGGUGAAAACCGCAGCAAAGAAAGUACUGCAUUGUGGCUGUCAUGGAGAGAAAUGAGCAGAGAGGAGUAAUAUAUUGGUUGUUCAAAAUCUGCAGGCUGUGAAAUUCCAGGUUUAGAACAUCCGCGUUCUAAUUAUUUAGUGAUACCAACUCAUCUGCUACAUUUGCUAUUCUAGGUGGAUUUCAUAGUCUUUGGAACUCUUUAUGACCUUCUUCAAGAUGCAAACAUAUAAUUGGAAGGAGAAAUUGAGGACUAUCUGGCAACCCCCAACUUACUAUAAAUCUAUUGAAUUAUGUACCAAAUUAGUAUCUUGGAUGAGGUAAUAUCCAGCUAACAAGUGGGUUAAAGUUUCCAAUGAUUCAAACUCUUUAAAUAAAUAAACCCCCAGAUCUGGAUGACUUAUCUAAUAAAUACUACAAAUCUUACUCCCAUACCUUGUUUGACAAACCUAAUUUAUUAAUGUGAGAUAGCAAAAAAGAAUAAUAACAUUAAACCCCAACAAAUUAAAUUAACAGUCUUACAUUAUGAGUAGCAGUUAAUAUGUUUAUCCCGGAGUAUUGCAUGUCCAGAAAUCCAAUUAAAAUUGAGAGUUUAUUGUAAAUGUGAAUAUAUUAAUUAUUGUGCGCUAUCAUGGGAUGGAUCCACAGGACCGGUCUCUAUCGGUGUGGCCAAGGCUAGUGGUAAGAGGGCAUGUGGGAGUAAAAAGAAAGGUAAAGGGAGUGAGAAACGUGGGGGAACAGAUUUACCUAAUGGUGGAUGCUAAGUAUGUGGAAGUAUGUUAAGAUAUCUUCAGCUGGGGCCAGAUCCUUAAUAUUCAGCAAUGGGCCAUCAAUUAGGGGAAAUUACUGGUGGGUCAAGUCCAAUCUGCCACCAGUGGGCCAGAGAGACCGACAGAAAAUCAAGCCAAGUUGUAGUGUAACUUUCAGUGCGGGCAUUGUAUGUGGAUGAACGUGCAUCCAUAUAAUUCACCUCCUUAACCCUGACUGAAGGGUGGAUUCCCCAGAUUUAUUUCCACAGUUGUAGGAGCAGGGAUUAUGCAGCGUGAAAUGUAGUAACAGAAGUAAUGAAGGACCAGAACACUGGAUUUUGGCCAUAGCAUUCUGGUUCUGCUCCCAGUGUGAAACAAGAGAGGUGCAGUCCAGGACCGUCUUUAGCGUGGGGCAAACUGGGCAGCUGCCCCGGGCCAAGUUGCUCCUGGGGGUCCCCAGAGCAGCUGCCCCGUGGGCCCCGCGAUUUGUGCAACCCCCAUGUACCCGGCAUACACACACAGACACAGACAUACAUUUAGCCACCCUCCAGGUCCUUACCUUUUUAUGGAUGGUGGUUCCCUGGGGUCCAGUGGCAGGCUGAGGCAGUUGGGAGAUAUCCUCAGGAUCUCCCCUCCUCCCUGCCUUCCUCCUCCUGCGCGGCUAUUAUCUCUGGUGGGAGGAAGUGACGCGCUGCACUCACUUCCUCCCAGCCGGUACAGGAAGGGGCCCAGUCGCGCUAUUUAAGCGUCACAGCGCCCGACUGGGCCCCUGCUGAUACAUGUUAACCGGGUGGCGCUUAGUGCAUGGGCCACCCGGGGGCCUCCUUAGUUGGCAGGCCGGUGCGGCUCUGUGCAGCCGAACCGCCGGGGACAUGGGUGCUGCGCAAAUCGUGUGGCCCAUGGGGCAGCUGCCCUGUUUACCCCGCGCUAAAGACGGCCCUGUGUCAGUAUGUCUGUGUGUAUGUGUGUCAGUAUGUUUUGUGUGUGUAUGUCAGUAUGUCUGAGUGUAUGUCAGUAUGUCUGUGUGUGUGUAUGUCUCUGUGUGUGUGUGUGUCUGUCAGUAUGUCUGUGUGUGUGUAUGUCUCUGUGUCUGUGUGUGUCUGUCAGUAUGUCUGUGUGUGUGUAUGUCUCUGUGUCUGUGUGUGUCUGUCAGUAUGUCUGUCUGUGUGUGUGUCAAUAAGUCUGUCAGUGUAUGUGUCUGUGUGUGUUUCAGUAUAUCUGUCAGUGUAUGUGUAUGUAUGUGUCUGUGUCAGUAUGUCUGAAUGUGUGUCAAUAUGUCUGCCAGUAUAUAUUUGUGUGUCAGUGUGUGUCGGUAUGUAUCUGCAAAUGUUUUAAUAUAUCUGUAUGUGUCAGUAGGUCUGUCAGUGUGAUUGGGGGUUGGGUGGGAAGGGGCAGGGCCUAGGGGGCCCAAGAAAAUGCUUUGGUCCUAGUCAUAUUAUAGACGGCCCUGGUACAGUCAUCGGAAGGAAAUUGGGUCAGGAUUUGCUGGUACAGAAAAUAAAUAUUGUUUUUAAAAGAAUUACACCUGCAUCAUAACACAUAUAUAUUGUUAAUUUAAUGGUUUAAUAUACAUUGCAGUGCAAGUUGCAGUAAAAUACAGAUUGUAUUUACAAUUAUUAAAGGGAUACUGUAGUGCCAGGAAUACAAAACUGCAUUCCUGGCACUACCGAUCCCCCCCUCCCUCGCACCCCCUGGUAAAUAAAGGGUUAAAAACCAUUUAUUUACUUACCUGCUCCCAAGCUCAGCCCCCCUCCGUCCCGCGACAAGCGUGGUCUAAUGCGCAUGCGCUUCAAAUGCCACGAGCGUAUUAAACCUCCCCAUAGGAAAGCAUUGAAUCAAAGCUUUCCUAUUGGGAAAAAUCUGACGCUGUAGGUCCUCAUGCAGAGGACAUGGCAGCACUAGGUUCAAAAGGCACACAGCACCCAGACCACUUCAAUGAGUUCAAGUGGUCUGGAUACCUACAGUGUCCCUUUAAAUAAGAUUCAUAAAGUUUUAGAGCCAUGUUUUUGCACAAAUUGAUGCUCUCAUUGUCCCCCCCCACAGUUUAUGUAUGUUAAAAAGAUGAACCUGUCACUUCAGUCAUUGAGAAUUGUUAGCUCCAUGUAGGAGCUUCUGUUUUAAAAAAAAUAAAUAAAUAAAUUUAAAAAAAAAACUAUUUUAUUAUUACCCCUGCCAGGCAGGGCCAUCGCAUUUGCUGACGUCAUGAACUGACAUAUGUCAGCCAAUGAGCUAAGCCCUGCACUGCCGGCCUAACCUCAAUGCUGAGAGCUUUCCAGCUUUCACAGAGGAGGUGACUAGUGACCGUCAGACCCCAAGUAAUUUGUCAAACUGUUUGACUACUAACGUUGCAGGGUGCCAGGCACUGGACCAUAACCACUACAGUGCACUUAAAGGGGCACUGUCACACAGAAAGGUGAGUACUUUCUUUGGCACAGGAAAAAGCCUCUCCUUGGGUCAGAGAAAGUCAAUCGUAGGAAAAACACAAGUACAUAAAUACAGAAGACAAAAUAGUCCCUACUUUGCACUGUGUUUUAAAGAAAACUAGAUCAGAAUUAAAGAAGAACAGAUUCUGAGAGGAAGAGAAGUGGAAACAAUAGGAGAAAGGUAAGUUCGGUAUGACAGUGCCGCUUUAAAGGGACACUAUAGUCACCUGAACAACUUUUAGCUUAAUGAAGCAGUUUUGGUGUAUAGAACAUGCCCCUGCAGCCUCACUGCUCAAUCCUCUGCCAUUUAGGAGUUAAAUCCCUUUGUUUAUGAACCCUAGUCACACCUCCCUGCAUGUGACUUGCACAGCCUUCCAUAAACACUUCCUGUAAAGAGAGCCCUAUUUAGGCUUUCUUUAUUGCAAGUUCUGUUUAAUUAAGAUUUUUAUGUUAAUAGCUUGCUAGACCCUGCAAGAGCCUCCUGUAUGUGAUUAAAGUUCAAUUUAGAUAUUGAGAUACAAUUAUUUAAGGUAAAUUACAUCUGUUUGAAAGUGAAACCAGCGACGGGCCGGCCCUUUAAAUACUCAGCCGCCUGAGCCUCUGUUAAGAGGCUAGGGCUGCACAAACAGAAACAAAGUGAUUUAACUCCUAAAUGACAGUGAAUUGAGCAGUGAAAUUGAGGGGAAUGAUCUAUACACUAAAACUGCUUUAUUUAGUAAAGUAAUUUAGGUGACUAUAGUGUUCCUUUUCCUUUUUUAUAUUAGAAUGUCAGAAUUAUUGCUAAACUAAUACACUGGAAGGGAGAUUUCUUUAAAAUAUCGUAACCCAUUUUCUUUGUCAUAAUAUUAAUAAAGUCUUACAGAAAACUCGCACUAUAUUGCUUGAGUUGAGAUUGAUGACAUGUGAGAUGAUAUAAGAAGAAUGUAUAAGAAUCAAACAGAUUUGGUGUAACAUUGAAACAAAGUAUCUGCAUGACUGAUUAGCUUGGCAUAGUCCGUAACUGAAAACGAUCCUUCUAAUCCUCUGUUCCAUGUAAUAACAUGAUGGGUGGCAAACAGACUUGCAAAAUGUGUCCAAAUUUGAAGUGAAAGAUGUUUUCCAUCUGCACAUUGGUUGUCGGAUCACCAGACAUCACUGAGGAAUACUUGAAAACGAGAGAAAUAUCAAUGUAUCCUUCCUGAUAAAAUAUUUUAUAAGUAAAUAAAUAAUUGCUUUAGUGCAGACCUUUCUUAUUGAGACCCCACACCCUUUGUAGCAAUAUUGUGGCCUCUCAUGUCAAAGAGCUCAAAGUAUCUCAUUGUGGAUGUUUGUGAAUCUCAAACCUCCACAGAAAUAAAUAAAACCACAAUGUGUGUUUAAAAUAAGUCUGUUUUUUUAAAAUAAUUAACAGAUCAUGGCAUUGUCAUGUCAACGAUGCUACAUUAAAUGGUUACUCCAACCUGUAUUUAAACUUUAUAUUUUCGUUAAUAAUGCACUUUUCACUUGUUCCCCUUCAAUCCCCCCAAAAAAACAAUUGGAAACAAGCUUAAAACUUUGCUUGAAUCCAACGACGGGACAAGUUCUCUCCGAUCCUUUGUCCACAUUCUACAUAAUCACUCAGCAUUACCAGUUUCCUCUACAAGGUCCAAUCCAAGAGAAGCAUUGUUGUCCCUUGGAUGUUUGUGUGGCGAACCCUGCAAAUGUGCCAGUCAGAUUUGUCUUUUUGAAUUCUAUGGUCCUCUGUCAGAAGCAGUAAACACUCUGCUGCACAUGUGUGUGAUUCUCGCAUUUAUGAGUGGCAAGAUGUGCUGAGUGUUGCCGCUAAAGCCCUCCCACCUCCUGCUCUCAAGGCAUCACAAAGCGGAGGAAUGGAGUGUGAGUAGGAAAGAGGGAGGGAGAGGGGGGAGAAAAUAAAAAUAAAAAGCAGAGUCUAAAAUAUCAUGUAGGGCACAGUCAGGACAAGUCUCUGUACAUAGCGUUUGCCUGCGCCAUGACCACUUCUAAAAGCAAAAGUGGCGAUGGCUGGACUAACCCUUUAAAAGGUCACUCCAGCACUUUAGCUUGUUGAAAUGCUUUGUGUGUGCAGUGUGUCCUCUUCAUUUUAUUUAUUUUUCUAUUUUUUUUCCAUUUUAUAAGGAGUGCAGAUUUCAAUAGAAAUAGGCACGUUUACAAAUUAACCUUAUUACACCACCUUUGCUGUCCUAUUACUUCCUGGUUUGGUUAGCUAAGUGGAGAUAAACUCAAUAGACCGCAAUGCUCAGAGCGCCUGCCUUGCAAAAACUUUAAAUUGAGCAGCAGUGGGAAGUCUGUGAUUGGACACUCACAGAAAGUCUGGGCGGGAUUAGAAGAGGAGGGCUUGCAAAGGCAGCAGACAAGAGACCUGCAGAUUUUUACAUGCUUUAUUUAGAUGUACCCACAAGGAAAAAAUAUAUAUUGAAAUGGAUUCAUGUUUUCUUUGGAGGUAUAUUUACUAAACAAUUAAUUUUAUUUUUAAUUUUGGCCAUGGAAUGUCCCUUUUAAAACUCUCAAAACGUAAAUGUCUCCCAUGUGAUGUGUUGAGAUACCACAAGAAUAAUAACUCCAAUGAAAUCCAGUUUAUUAGCAGGUCCAUAUAUUUCUAGAAAACAAAUUUACAUUAAUUAGGAUUAGCAAGUUUACCAUUAGGUCACUUUUUUGGUUAAUUAAGCCUCUCACCUGAGACCAGGAGCGCUACUUAAAAUGAAAUGUUUUAAUCAGGUAGAAUUUUCUUUGUCUUUGUUCCCUCUGCUCAUUAUCUUAUCUUGGCCUGUGGGAUGAGGUCCCUUGGUACCAUGUCCCAUGUUAUAAGUACUCGCUAUCUUUAAAUCGAUUGUCUAUUCAUCCAAGCUCCUCUACAGCCUCCACCCAGAACAAUCUUGCGGCACUUGAAAAAAAUGUUCCACUAUUAUUUGUUUCAUUUACACUGUAUUGCAGAUCUGCCUUGGUUUUCAUUUUACCUACAAACUUCCCAUUAAUAACUGUUUUUCAAUAUUUGGAGCUCCCUCUUAUCAUUCAUUCCAGAUUCCAUCUGCCCAAUCCCCUCUAGAUCUUCUGUGAAAGCUUACAUCAACCUCACUUGAUUUCCCUUCUUCCAUUUUAAAUAACCAUGGUUUGUCAAGAUUAAAUACUUUUGUUUCUAGACAUUAUCUUGUCACAGGCAGCCGGCAUACAGUCAGGUGAGAACAUAAUAUUUUAAAUACCAAUGUAACCACCAACACAGAAUUUGAAUUUAAAAUUAAAUUGGGGAAUGUAAGCUAAAACAACCAAUCUGUGACUUUUAGCAGAGUUAGAGAUUGUUUUCCAAACCGCACUUUCACUUUCUAAAUUUUGCAAAUAUUUUUUAAAUUCUUUUUUAACAUUUUAUUUAUUUUGUAAAAAUUAUAAGAAGAUAAUAAAAGAUGGAGGGAAGGGAUUAAGUGGAUAAUUUGUACGCCAAUCCAAUACUGUGUAUCACAGUGGGGAGUAAUUAGAUUGAAGAUUUAUCAACUCUGUCAAUAGACUUAUGCAGCACAAUUUUUGUUUGAAUAAUUCCCUGGUUUUAACCAAAAUCUGCAAAUACAUUAAAGGAAUUACUAAGAAACGUGCAGGAAAAUAGACAAAGCUGAAAAUAUUGGGGAAAUGCAAUCUAUAGAUUGUGCAUGAAAUAAAUGAAAAGGAUAAUUGUUCUCUUGGAAAACAGAGACCUAUUUCGGGUUUAAUCUGCAUUGUACCUUUCCUGAAUCAAACUGCCAAGCUCAAGUGUCAGGGUAACUAUUGGCUUACAGAGUGGGUCAGCAUGGUCAAAAGGGAGAUUUUGGAGUUUGCGCUAAUAUCGGUGGUCGAUUCUAGCUGGAACAUUAGGCAGACCAUGCCACAGUGAUACCAUGGGACAACUGAGCAGGUCAAUUAGGUCACAGGACAGUGCCCUUAGCCAACUGGAGAGAACGUAGCUUAAUAUGAUAAUGGAUUUAUAGGCUUCUAACUACUGCUCAUCUUCGUGAUCUGAGUUCUAGCAAUGAGCCACUGACCUGUAUUAAAGUCUCCUUUGUCAAAAAGGUAGAAAAUCUGUAAGAAAAGUUAAGGUUUUUCUUUUCGUUUGUUUUUUUAUAUAUUACCGUUUGACAAUCUGAAUUCCAAUAUUAAAAUGUGAUUCUGAAUUUUCUAAAGGCUAAGCAGCAUGGGAGUGAAAGUCUUCCUUAUUCCUAUGCAUUCAAGGAUAUAAUCUUUCAAUGUAGGGUAAUAACUGCUUGAUCCAAGGAUAAAUCUGACUGCCAUUCUGGGGUCAAGAAGGAAUUUUUUUCCUAGCUUGUUGCAAAAUUGUGCUUCAAACUGGGUUUUUUUGCCUUCUUUUGGAUCAACAGCAAAAAACAAGUAUGAGGUAGGCUGAACUUGAUGGACGCAAGUCUCUUUUCAGCUAUGUAACUAUGUAACUAUGCAUCACGUUUCCUUCCUAUAUGGUUGUGGUUAUUAUAUCAGUGCCAGGUAAAGAAAACUCUCUCCCAAGCUGCUCAGUCAGCCCACAAAUACAGAAUCAUCCACACACUAACUGGAGCCAAGAUCGUGGUAUAAAUCUGGUACGUUUUGCUGACGAAAGUGGAAACAAAAACCAAAUGUUGAUGUGGUGGAUAUUCCGAACUAAUCUCCUUUAAUGCUUUGUGAGUUUUACUGCUGACUAAAAUACAAAGCCCCUUAUUGGCAGGGUUAUUCACGAAAAAGAGAGAAUUGUUGGGAAUUCAAAGAGAAUUUCACAUUUUAGACAAACGGUCAAUUCAGAAAAUUAUCCAAGUCUGCUAUGCUCUGUUUGGGUAUCUUGGUCUACAAUUUGAAAUUCACGAUGAAUUACCAACAAUUCUCACUUUAUUGAAUAACCCUGUGUACCAUGGAAUUUAAAAGAAUAUGGAGAGUCAGGGUCUGUUUGAUUUCUAAAUUGGAACAAUGGUAACAAGCUGAAUGGGCUAGUGAGGUUUUCUUAUGAAUAGAUUAUCAUGAAACGGGUCACUGAAACAUAUCUAUAAAAUGUGCAAGACUUGCUCGUCAUGGAUUUUACUGCUGUGAAAGGCCCAGUAUUGUAGAUAUAGCUUGAUAUCAGCACUGAUGGCACAUCAACAAAGCAACUUGAUACAUUUAAAUAAAGCUGUGUUCUGAUUGACUUGUCUGUGUUCUAAACCAAUCAGAAUCCAGUUACAUCUCAAAACAUGAUCAGUGACCAGAACCGGCUCGAAUUAGCGAAUAUAAGAUAAUGGCAGCCUUCAUUUUGCCUUUUACUGCUCAGAAACAUCUGCAUUAUACUGCAUUUUCUAAUAUUUACACAUGUAUACAAACUUGACUGAAUGAGAAUUUUGACUGUUUUUACUUCUUUCUGUUUAUUCAGAGAUGCUCUUUGCAAACUCUUCUCUUCGUUAUGUGUUGUUAGGAUUCUCAGACUUCCCUCAAUUACGUAUCUAUCUGUUCCUGGUUUUCUGUACUAUGUACCUCCUGACUCUCCUGGGGAAUCUCAUCAUUCUGUCCUGUAUUGUGUACGACAAACGCCUCCACUCACCCAUGUACUAUUUUUUAAGCAACCUCUCAUUGGUGGACAUGUGCUUCACCUCCACCACCCUCCCUACCCUGCUUUACUCCUUAAUAUCCAACAUGAGGUCAAUCUAUUUCCUAUCCUGCUUUGUCCAGAUGUUCUGCUUCAUCUCCUUUGGAAACCUGGAGAACAACCUCCUGGCCGUUAUGGCAUACGAUCGUUAUGUGGCUAUUUGUAGCCCGCUGCAAUACACCAGGGUGAUGAGGAACAGUUUAUGCAUUGCACUGGUGUUUAUUUCUUGGGUCGGUGCUUGUGCACAUGCUUUACUUCACACACUCAUGGUGGUCACCCUAGACUUUCCAGCUGUAAGUCUGGUCAACCAUUUCUUCUGUGAAAUCUCCCAAGUACUGUCUGUCUCUGGUUCGGAUACAACUAUAAACUAUAUUCUCAUCUUCACAGAAGGGGCAGCGUCUGUGGGCACCCCCUUUAUUUGUAUCAUUGUGUCCUACAUUAAGAUAUUACUGGCUCUCAUCUCGCUCCAUUCCAGAGAUGGUCGAAGAAAAACCUUCUCAACGUGUUCCUCUCACCUCACCACCGUUUGUCUUUUCUAUGGCACGAUUGUAUCUGUUUAUUUUCGCCCGAGCUCCAGCUCCCCAGGGGUGGGGGAGAGGGCAGCGACAAUAGGGUACACAUUGCUCACUCCAAUGUUAAAUCCAUUCAUAUAUGGGCUGAGAAAUAAAGCCAUGAAAAAUGCCAUGGAUAAGAUGAUGAGAUGA